AUGAAAUUAAAGUCACACCUAUCACAGUCUCUCUUCAUGUCUAUCUCAUCUAAUCAUUAUCUAUCUAUCUAUCUAUCUAUCUAUCUAUCUAUCUAUCUAUCUAUCUAUCUAUCUAUCAUAGAUUUUCACAUCUUUCUAUAUAACAAUAUAUCUCAAACAGCAAUCUAUCUAUCUAUCUAUCUAUCUAUCUAUCUAUCUAUCUAUCUAUCUAUCUAUCUGUCAAGGUUUUUCAAAUCUGUCCACCUACGUAACUAUCUAUCUCAAACAGCAAUCUAUCUAUCUAUCUAUCUAUCUAUCUAUCUAUCUAUCUAUCUAUCUAUCUAUCAUGGCUUUUCAAAUCUGUCUAUCUAUGUAAUUAUCUAUAUGAAUCAGCAGUCUAUCUAUCUAUCUAUCUAUCUAUCUAUCUAUCUAUCUAUCUAUCAAGGUUUUUCAAAUCUGUCCACCUACGUAACUAUCUAUCUCAAACAGCAAUCUAUCUAUCUAUCUAUCUAUCUAUCUAUCUAUCUAUCUAUCUAUCUAUCUAUCUAUCUAUUUCCAUUUUAUAUGUAUCUAUCUAUCUAUCUAUCUAUCUAUCUAUCUAUCUAUCUAUCUAUCUAUCUAUCUAUCUAUGUACCAUGCCGUCCACUGUUUGAAAAACAAAAAGUUCGUUCAUGCCUGAUCUAUUACGUAGUAUAG